AUGGCUCCGCAGGCAACCCUUGUCCCGCGCUUCGACGACGAUUAUUACUAUGGUUUCUGGUACACAAAGACGGGCUACGCUGUCCGAUGGUCGCUAUUUGGCAUCAUUGUCCUCAUUGCCCUCCUCUGGGUGGUUGGCGGCUACUUCCACGCCAAGCAUCGAAUGAAGAAGGGUCUCCCGCUCAAAUCCUAUCACAGCGUAUACGACCACGCAUGCAGCAAUCCGGCUGGUACCGUCCGUACAACCAAUAUGGCCCGCCCCAGGAUGGCUGGCUAUAACAACGGCUACAACAUGAACGCCAUGCCGCCGCCACCGAUAUACGACGCCAAUAACCGCCCGCCUGAGUAUCAGCAGCGCCCGCCCCCGGGCGCCAGCAAGGUUGACCCUUCGCAGUGGUCCGGCCAGCCCACGAACCGGCCGGCUGAGUCAAGCAUGGCGGGCGCAGGACCCGUUCCCGAGUACACGCCGCCGCCUGGUCCGCCUCCGGCUGUCAUGAGACAGUAG